AUGUCGACGGCCACCGAAACGCAGUCCUUCCGCCGGCUUCGGCCGACAUCCGGGCAGGUUGUAAAGGAGGACCAGGACAAGAGGAUAGGAGACAAGGCAGAUCAGGGGCAGAAGAGCAUCGAGGACAAAUUCUUUUGGACCUAUACCGAAGAACCGCACCGGACGCGGCGACAGGCCAUUAUCAAAGCACACAAGGAAGUCCUGCAACUGUGUGGUCCAGAACCACUCACCAAGUACCUGGUGCUUUCCGUCGUUAUCCUCCAGAUCAUCUGUGCCGGCCUUCUCAGAAACUCACCAGUAUUUUCCUGGCCAUUCCUCCUCACCGCUUACUUCAUCGGAGCCACGGCAAACCAGAAUCUGUUCCUGGCCAUCCACGAAAUCAGUCACAACCUUGCCUUCCGCCGGCCACUAUACAACAGGCUCCUGGCCAUUUUUGCCAACCUGCCCAUUGGAGUUCCGUAUUCUGCUGGAUUCCGACAGUACCAUUUAACCCAUCACAAAUCCUUGGGGGUAGAUGGCGUCGAUACCGAUCUUCCCACUGCAUUGGAAGCUAUCUUUCUCGACUCGGUCUUUGGGAAGGCCUUCUUCUGCACCUUCCAGCUCCUCUUCUAUGCCAUCAGACCCAUGAUGAUUUACAAAAUACCCUUUGGACCGAUCCAUUACUGCAAUAUCGCUGCGCAGAUCGUCUUUGAUGUCGUCCUGGUCCGGUAUUUGGGCCCAAAGGCUCUUGUUUAUCUCCUUAUGAGCUCGUUUCUAGCUGGCUCCCUCCAUCCUUGCGCGGCACACUUUAUCUCGGAGCACUAUGUCUUCGCCAAGUCGACCAUGCGAGACGGGAUGGUGCCUAAGGAUGUCCCGAUACCGGAGACCUUCUCAUACUAUGGUCCACUGAAUAUCCUGACCUACAAUGUCGGUUAUCAUAACGAACAUCACGAUUUCCCUGCCAUCCCGUGGACCAGGUUGCCCAAGGUCUACGAGAUAGCUCGAGAAUUCUAUGAUCCUUUGCCUUGCCACAAAAGCUGGCCUCUGGUGUUGUGGCAGUUCAUCACCGAUAAAGAAGUCGGGAUGUGGUGCAGGGUCAAGCGCUCGGAAGGUGGACGUAUCGUUGGGGGUUGGCGUGACACUGAGAUACAGAGUUGA